CAUACAAAACUGCAUAGUGGCUAAAGACCAUAUAUAUAAGCAGAUCACCGUUCGUAUAAUAUAUAGUUUCCAAAUCCAAAUUAAGGCGCCAUAAGAUGCAAAGGUUACAAAUAAGUUCUCGGCCAUCUGAAGAGUUUCUGAUUAACCUCUCGGUGGAUUCCGCAAGCCCUGACGGUCUCGUGGUCUACGACGACAUAGCCAAGAAGGAACUGUCUCUACACAACAAUAGUUACAAGUCUGCUAAUGGAGAGAGAGCUAUUCACCUAAUCCCUAUUGUUCUCUUUCUAUGUGGUUUUAUGCUUUGGGUUUUCUCAAGUGCAACUAUAUAAUUACUAUGAAGCUACGCCACAUAAAGGAAUGAACUUUUUUCAUUUGUGAAUUGUGAUCACUUGAAAUUUUAAUUACAAUAUUUGCUUCUAUAGAUUCUUUAUUCGUUAAUUAGUGUUAACUUUCACGGUUUUACUUGUUGUUUUUUUGUCUCUUACGGUCAAAAUAGCCACGAAAGAUAAGAGGUAAAACUUUUAUUUGAUCUUCGUGUCCAUCUUUUGACUAAUUCGUGGCCAAUGAUCAAGGAACAGUCGUGGCUACAAAGGAUAUGACUUAUUCGAGAGAACAAGUGUACUUAAUCAACAUAUAUGAUCACUAUGGUGCAUCUUCAAUAAACUACUUGUCUCUGUAUAUGACUAAUUUUACAUGUUACAUCUUGAUAUUUCUUUAUGUAUGUUUGGUUUUAUAAUCCCGAUCCAUACCCAAUUCCUACUACAUAGGCGAGGUUAUACGG